UGCAUACAUUAGUAGUAGACAUGAUAGCGCAGACCUAAUGGGGAAAUAAUCUUGACACUUUAACCAGAGUCAUGGACAGCAAAUACUCUUUGUUCGCUGUUGUCUUGCUGUCUUACAUUUCGAGGAUUGAAAACAAAGACAUAUUCGAUGGGCUUUCCAAGUACUCCAUUGUAAAUCCUCAAGUGAUUCAAAGAUUGACAAGGAGCAUCAGCAAACCAAAACAGUCACAAGAGAAAAAUGGAGAAGAGGCAAUAUCAUAUGCACUUAACAUUAACAACAGGAAGCACCUCCUUCAUCUAAAAAAGAACAGAGACUUUUUACACCCAAACUUUGUUCAAUUUUCACGUGAUGCAACUGGUAACCCUGAAUCAUCCCAUCCAAAACAGCAUGUACACUGCUAUUACCACGGAGAGGUGGAGGGAUAUGAGGAUUCAUUGGUAGCGCUCAGCACAUGCUCUGGCCUCAGGGGUGUGAUCAUUCUUGGAAAUGAGACCUAUGGGGUUGAACCUGUGCCACAGUCGACAACCAAUGAGCACAUUCUGUACCUGCUGGAUGACUCUCAGGUCGAGCCCACCACUUGUGGGGUCGUCAGUGAGGCUUCAUCAACGCAAAGCCAUGAACCCUUUGAGCCUGGCCAAUCGCUCACUUCACUGCUGCGGAGGAAGCGCAAUUUACCUCAAACCAGUUACGUGGAGCUUGUGCUAGUUGUCGAUAAUCUCAGGUAUAUUUAUAAGAAGAAAAACGAUACAGCGGUACGAGAGGAAAUGGUGGAAAUGGCUAAUCUACUGGAUGCGUAUUACAAGAAGCUGAAUAUCCGUGUGGUGCUGGUGGGCCUGGAGAUUUUUAAGGACACAAAUCCCUUUGACGUGGAGACAGGCUCUGCAGGAGCUGUGUUGGGAAAGUUUGUCAAGUGGAGGAAGACAACGCUAUUACCAAAGAUCAGGCAUGACAUUGGACAACUUAUUAUUGGUAGGCCCAAGACAUAUGGAAACGUAGUGGGUAUGGCCUUCGUGGGCACAGUCUGCUCCACAGCAACUUCUGGAGGAAUCAACGUGUUCAAUCACAACAAUUUGCCUGCUGCCUCCGCUGUGGUGGCUCAUGAGAUGGGCCAUAACCUGGGCAUGAACCACGACAGAGCAGGCUGCUCCUGCGAUACAAAAGGCUGCAUCAUGGGGGCCGCUACUGGUGGUUCCCCGAUGUUCAGCAGCUGCAGUGGAGAAGACUUUGAGAAGCUGAUCCUUCGUGGAGGCGGCACGUGUUUGAAAAACCAGCCCUCCCCAUCAGAUGUGGUCGGUGUCGCUGUGUGUGGCAAUGGCCGGCUUGACAAAGGAGAGGAAUGUGACUGUGGCACAGCAGAGGAAUGUGACAAUAAAUGCUGUAACCCUGCCACCUGCAAACUCAACUCGGGGGCUGCCUGUGCUCAGGGGCUCUGCUGCGACAACUGUCAGAUCAGAGUUGCUGGAACGCCAUGCAGAGGGUCUGUUAACACCUGUGAUCUUUCUGAAUACUGUGAUGGCAAGACUCCGCUCUGCCCAGAGGACUUCUAUCUCAUGGACAGCCUGCCCUGUGAAUACAGUGGAGCUUCAGCGUACUGCUUUGAAGGCCGAUGCCAGACGUAUGAUUUCCAGUGCAAACAUCUCUUUGCGCCAGAUCCAGCAACAAAGGCAGACGAUGUUUGUUUUAAGACUAUUAAUAUGAGGGGAGAUAGAUUUGGGAACUGUGGAAACGGCGCUAAAUGUAGUUUAGCACAUUCCAUGUGUGGAAAGUUGCAGUGUGUCAACGUGGACCUCAGCACCAUCCCUUUUGGUGCCACAGUCAGUAUUGAGGACAUUAAAGAAUCAAAGUGUAUUAAUGCCGACUUCAACCUCGGCACUGAUGUGCUAGAUCCGGCCUACGUUAACUCUGGCAGCCCUUGUGAGGAAGGAAAGACCUGCAUGGACUUUAAGUGUCAAAAUGCCUCUAAUCUGAGGCCCGACUUGGACUGUGAUGCCCAGACCACCUGCAACGGCCAAGGGGUGUGUAAUGACCAAGGGCACUGCCACUGUAAAAAUGGGUGGGCCCCGCCUAAAUGUGACAGAUCCGGGCGAGGUGGCAGCAUAGAUAGCGGCCCUGCUCAGAUAGACCACUCCCUCCGAGACGGCCUGUUGAUCUUCUUCCUGUUGGUCGUUCCUCUUCUGGUUCUUCUGGUUCUGGUGCUGCUCUACUUCUUCAGGAGGGACUCCCUGGACCGGUGUCUUAACAGAGGCAAAAAAUCACGUGAUGCUCAAAAUGGAAAUGGGCAGGCAAACGGAAAUGUUCCCACAAGUGCCGCGACACAGCCUCAAGUACAAGCUCCUCCUGUGGGGCCUGGACAACCAUCAGAAACCUCACUUCCAAUUUCUGGUUUUAGGUACGGAGAACUGGAUUAUUGGAAUGACAACUCAAGCUCUGCCACUGCCAAAACCCCAGCUCCCAGACAGGGCCCCGGAGUCCCCAGACCAGCCCCACCCAGGCCACCACCCCCAAGUUGAUCUGCUUUUUAUACUACAUAGUUUUAAAUUGUAUUGUGAAUGUAUGGAGUUUACCAUGGCUCGACACUGUAUGAAAAGACAUUUUAAGAACAAGAUUCAUUUUGACUUGCACCUAUUUUAAGUUUGACUGUAAUACUUUGGUGGUAGAUGAGGCUUGCAGACAAGUUAAUAUAUAUUGGAAUAUGUCUUUUACAAUAUUUUUAAAUAUAUCACUAAACAUUUUGUAUUUUAUAUUGGAUAUGUAUUAAAAUAUUAUAAAGAUGUUGUGAAUGUUAACCAAAUAAAGAAAUCUAU